AUGUAUAGUUAAACAGUUUAUACGAUUUAGAAUUGUGUCAAACUUAGAACUAUAAUAAAACCAUACAGAAAGUACAAUACCAUUAUGACGAAAUGUUUUAUAAGCCACAAAAAACAUUUCAUUGGUAGUCGUUGUGUGAUAAAUUUAAUUUUUGUGCCAAUAGAGCAACUGCAGUCAGUGUGUUACAUCGCCGCCGAUAAUUACACAAAUCGUUAAGAAAUUAUUUGUUAGUGUUUUGACAAUAACUUCUGUUAGAAUUGAUGUAAACCUAUAUUAAUUAUUUAAAAAAUAAAAUGGCAAGUUUAUAUUACAUUAAUAAUUCUACUGGUGUUACUGAUUAUAAUUCCAUUAUCUAUGUAUAUGUAUUUUUUUUAUUAGAAUAAUGAAAUCGAUAACUAUGGAUUUACUACGCACGUUUUAAAUUAUAAUUGGCAUAAGUCGAAAUUCAUGAGCGGAGUUGGAUGUAUCAAUCACAAUCGUGAGGGAUCCAGCCUGUCAACAAUUAGUAACACUUUAUCUGCAGUGAACUCGAAACCUAGAUCGCACUCAAUAAAUUACGUAUCGUCGGAUUAUGAAAGUUUGGAUUACGAUCAUUACGAAAGUGAACUUACUGUUAGAGAAGAAAAGUUAAACGGUUAUAAGACAGUAGUGGCGAGUAAUGUGAUUAGAUGGCUUAUUUAUUUUUCGAUUGCCAUAUGUACUGCAGCAGUUGGAAUUUUUAUUGAUACUGUAAUUGAAUAUUUCUGUAAUUGGAAGUUUCAAUCGAUUCGAAAUUGUAUUGAUGUUAAGCACUCAACGGUAGAGUGCCUGAUUAUUUGGAUACUUUUCACCGUCAUCCCUACGAUUGUUGGAUGUUGUGUAGUGCUAUUUAUGGAGCCCUCUGCUGCUGGAAGUGGUAUUCCAUUUGUAAUAUCUUAUUUAAACGGAAUUCGUAUACCAAGAAUGACGGCUGUUCGAUGUUUAUUGGUAAAAGUAAUAAGCGUGGUGUGCGUCUGCAUAGCAGGUCUUGGUGGAGGAAAGGAAGGACCAUUGAUCCACAUUGGAGCAAUGGUUGGUGGUUCAGUCGUUGAAGCUUGGUGGAAAAGUUUUAGAAACGGUCCUGGCCGGAAAGUCAUCGGACCUUUACAAAAUGAUCGAGAAAGGAGAGACAUGAUGGCGGCAGGUGCUGCAGCGGGAUUAUCUGCUGCUUUUGGAUCACCUGUAGGAGGGACAUUAAUGAGUCUUGAAGAAGGAACAAGUUUUUGGAGCUCAAGUCUUAUGUGGAAAGUGUUUUUUUGUGCAGCAAUAGCUUUUCCAACAUAUAACGCUGGUAAAAACGUACUGUUUACUAAUAAUACAAAUCCAUCAGAAUCUGUUCACAGCAAAAGUAUUUACUUUUUUGGGAAGUUUAAUGAAAACACAAUUUAUUUUUCCUAUUCAGAAUUCCCCAUUUUUAUUAUAUUUGGGAUAUUCGGCGGUUUACUUGGAGCUUUAUUUGUCAAUAUUAAUUAUCGUUUAUCAAUUUUCAGAAUGAAACACAUCAUAUCCAAUAGAAAAAAACUUCUAGAAUCUGUAUUCGUCGCAGUGUUUGUUGCAAUAAUUAAUUUAACAUCCAUGAUUUUGUUCAACAACUGCCAAACAAAACUAGAGAUAAGCUCGUCUAAUGCAGUACAAAUGUAUUGUCCAGCAGGGAGUUAUAAUGAAAUAAGCUCAUUUUGGCUUCGUAGUCAAGAAGAAAAUAUCAGAUCAUUAUUCCAUUAUCCAAUUGAAGCAUAUUCAGUCGUUCCAUUAUUAGUUUAUUGUGUAAUUUUUUUCAUAUUAACCGAGUUAAUUGUCGGCCUUAACAUGUCAGCUGGAUUGUUUUUACCUUCGUUAUUGAUUGGAGCUGCUUGGGGACGCAUUGCAAGCAUAGCUAUUCAUUAUUAUUCUCCUGGUACUAUUGGAAACGACCCAGGAAAAUACGCAUUACUUGGAGCUGCUGCGCAAUUGGGAGGAAUCGUCAGAGCCACUAUAAGUCUGACAGUUGUAUUUAUUGAAGCCACAGGCAAUGUUCAGUUCUUGUUGCCACUGAUGAUAACUUUAUUCACAGCUAAAUGGACUGGUGAUUUUUUUACAGACGGUAUUUAUGAAAUGCAGAUUAAGCUGUCUGGUGUUCCUUUAUUAGUAAGCGAACCACCGCCUUUAACUAGUGAUAUAACGACAGAAGACUUUAUGAGUGAUAUAGUCUGUGCAAUACCUCACAUACUAAUGGUUGGAAAAUUAGUGGAUAUAUUGAACUCAACUAAACAUAACGGGUUUCCCGUGGUAGCAUCAAAAGUUUGUUUCUGCCGGAGAAGGAAUAUAGAGCAUAAAUGCUAUGGCUUACUUAAAGGAUUUAUUCUUCGGUCUCAGUUAAACGUCAUCCUUGAGCACAAUUUAUACCUCACUCCUUUGCACGAUGAAAAUUAUUGUACAAAAUUGGAGCUCCUUAGAAAGUCCACGUAUACUUGUCACGACACUCAACAGUUUCAGAGAUUAAAAGUUGAUGAAGAUGAAAGAAGUAUUGUUAUUGACCUGCGACCAUACAUGAAUUCAGCACCAUAUAUUGUGAGAUUAGAAACAAGUUUGUCAAGGACUUUUAGAUUGUUUCGCACUCUGGGACUGCGGCACAUUGUUGUUAUCAACAACACUAACGAGGUGGUCGGUAUCGUAACUCGAAAGGAUUUGGCGAAAUUUCGACUUUGGAGAAAAGCUGCCACAAUGGGACUGAAAGAGGUCAAUGUGUAUUAAAAUAAUACAAUAUAUUGUUACGUACAUAAUAUUAUUUAUGGACAAAUCAUAAUGGUAAUAAAAAUAAAAUGUAUACUCGUAACUUACGUUUGCACUUAAGACGUACGUUUUCGAAUUUAUGAAAGGAUGUCACUGGACUCCUCCUUUUACACAUCUUCGUGUGUGUUUAAAUUUCGAUGAUCCAUUUUCUCGUUGUGCAGUAUGUACAAAUAUAUUGUAAAUAAAAAAAUAGCCAUAUCAUGUCUAAAAUAUUAUUUUAGAACACUGACUUGUACAGCUGUGCACAUAUUAGGUGUGUUUGUUUGUUAACAUUUGAAUAGCCCACUUAUUACAUACCUAUUCAAUGAUUAAAUUAAAAUUAUAUUUGUACAAUCAUUUGUUUUGCGUCUUUGAUGGAUUUUAAAACGUUACAUUGAAAUACGAUUACUCUACAUUUGACAGGCUUUGUUGUAAAAUGCAAGUAGGUAUAGUUCACUAAUUGUGCAGUAGGAAUUAUAAAAUAUACACUUAUAAAGUAUUAAAAAUAGCUUAUUUUAGUUUAUAACAGAGAAAAGAGAUGUUAUGUACUUUUAAUAGCUACCUAUACGACUUACAACUUGUAACUUAUACGUAAACUUAGCAGCUAGUUACCUAUCGUAUUAUCAACCAUAUUAUAAACAAUAAACAUCGGCGAUGGCCUUCGGUCUCCGACUCUCUAUUUAAUUUCUAAAAAAUAUAGUCAUGGUGUAUUAGCAUUUUUUCUAUUUCAAUUUAUUUGUGAUUUCGCAUCAAGAAAGAUAAGUGAUAACAUCAUCGUGAGGCUCGUCAUCAGUCGAUAGAUAAUAUAUUAUUUUUAUUCAACAUUAUAUCGACUAUCAACUAUAGACUAUAGUCUAUUGUCUGUUAUAGUAGGUAUAACUCAGCCAAUUUAUCUGAAAUCUAAGCUCAUAUAUUAUAUGGCAUACUUAGCUUGUAAAUUAAAAUAGGAUAAAAUAAAUUGUAUUUGUGCAGUCGGAAAAA